AUGGAGCAAGGACACGCUACGCCACUGGCUGGUGAAAUGGAACAGCACAGUAUUGACGCCCGUGCCAAUCAAAACACCGAACCCCCGGAGAAACAAAUACGGCGAGACCCGUCACUCUCUGGGACCAACUCGUCGUCCCCCAUCCUCCAAUUGUACCUCGACUUUGACACGCCGCUGCCUACACCGCCCCAGCCAGACGACACUCCUGGAGCCAGCGCGCCGCCGCCAUGUCCAGACUUGCGCGCCUACACAUCGCCGCUGGAAUGGAGCCCGGCGCGGAAGAGCGUCUUGCUCAUGCUGUCCUGCCUUGCCACCUUUCUCACGGCCUACACGGCCGGCGCCUAUUCGCCCCCCGCCGGCCUCAUGGCCGAGGAUUACGACACCUCUCGCACCGCCAUCAUGGCUGGCAUCACCACCUUUUGCCUGGGCUUCGGCUUCGCGCCAAUGGCACUGGCGCCGCUGUCCGAGGCAUGGGGCCGCUACCCCAUCUUCGUUGCCGCCGGAAGCGUCUAUCUCGUCUUCCAGGCUCUGUGCUCCGUGAUGCCGCACGUGGCCGGCAUGCUGGUCUGCCGCUUCUUUGUCGGCGCCGGGGCGUCGGUGUUUAGCGCCGUCGUGGGUGGCGUCAUUGCGGACCUCUGGGGCAAGGAGGACAGAAACACUCCCAUGGCGCUCUUUAGUGGCUCCGUGCUCCUCGGCACGGGAGCUGGUCCCCUCGUGUCUGCCGCUCUCAUCAACAUCAUCAAAGAUCGGACAAGAGCGUGGCAAUGGACGUUUUGGCACCAGGUCAUCAUGGACGCGGUCCUCCUGGGCUUUCUCGUCAUCUUUUUCAAAGAGAGUCGGGCGUCUGUCUUGCUCACUCGAAAGGCCAAGAUUCUGAAUGACUGGUAUGGCAAGCUUGAGCAGUCUGGCAUACACGGUGUGUGGAUAUCACGGGGCAACGUCAAUGUAGCAUCUUCAUGCGAAGUAUCGCUGUCUCAAUGCCCUGGGUCCGAGUCUGACGAAAUAGACUGCCAAGAAAACACUCAAACACACUCUCCCGAGCUUUGUCGCAUUCGCUGGGUCGUCAAGGCAGAUGAGCUGCGCCCUUCCCUCAAAAAUUUAAUCAUCACCUCAAUUCGGAGACCAUUUGCUCUCCUUUUCACUGAACCUGUUGUUUUUUGCUUUUCACUCUGGGCGGCAUUUUCUUGGGGUGUCUUGUAUCUUUCCUUUUCCGUCGUGCCGUUCCUGUACAACGGCAAUCUGGACAUGUCCAGCCGUGUGUACAUAUCCAUGAUGGCUGCGACCGCCGUGGCCACGGUGACAGGCGUCUUCCAAGAACAGAUUCUCAAGUAUCCGUCAUGGAAGAGCCUCGAGGCUGGCGGCCGUCCCACAAACUCCAGAUUCUGGCAGCUCAUGCGACGCAAGUUUCCUGCCGAGGCCCCGGAAUCGAGACUGUAUUUCGCAUGCAUCACGUCCAUGUUUCUUCCUGCUGGCUUAUUCGUCGGGUUUCUCUGUCCAGACAACUGGAAGGACUAUGCACAAGCCAUCGGCCUCGGCUUUGCAUUGUGGGGUAUUUACUCCGUCUACCUCGCCACCUUCAACUACCUCGCAGACACCUAUCAUGCUUACGCAUCUUCUGCCCUGGCGUCCCAAAGUCUUUGUCGCAAUCUGCUUGGCGGAGCUUUCCCACUCAUUGCCGCGCCUCUUUUCCGUAAUUUGGGCACACGAGCGGCUGGUGGCUUGCUUGGCGGCAUCGGCACAGGACUGACUGUGAUUCCGUGGGUACUCGUCUUUUUCGGACAGCGAAUCCGUUCUCGUAGUAAAAUCGCCAUCUCUUUACAGAAAUCGUAA